AUGCUGACUCAGUUCUCUCGGAGCUGUUCGAAAAUAUAUCCGCUUAUAUCCGUCUAUAUCCGCACUAUUCUCAGCGAGGUCGACGAGGUUCUGCCGCUUCUGGCGGUCAGAGGAGCGGUCAGACUAGGCAGGAUUUGGGUCGCUCCAAGCCUAAUAUCGAUGAAGACAGGAGCACUCGUUCAUCACCGCCCCCGGCCUGCUAGGAUAGUCCUUGAUCCAGGCAACAAUCUCCGCGACUUCUUGCAUAUCUUCCGUCAGGGAAUUAAUGUCUCUCCACGAUAUAUGUCAGUUGUUUGCUCUGUAUGUGUUCUGGAUAAUCUCAAUUACCCUGAGCCAGGAAGCGGAUUUGGAGUGGGUGAUAUGUCGGUGUCAUGCUUAUGUGUUGAUAAACUGUUGUUUGGGUCUGGAGCCAUUCUGGAAAAGCUUCCGCAUACACUCUCUGAGGAUAGUAGCGAGCACAAGGCUCAUUUUCGCGGAAUAAUAAGCCGCAGCGCAGAAUAUGGAGAUGAUGAAGAAGAAGCAGAAGCAAGUUCGAAGGGAGGAAAAAGAAUGCUUGCUAUUCACAAUAUCCAUUCGCCGCAGGCUCGAAGAGGAAUUGAUAUAUCGAUAUCAACCUCAUUGAAUAGAAUGGAAGAUUACUGCUUACUGGCUUCUGCAAAAGAUUUAGCUUAUCAGAUCAAGUUCGGUAGUUUGGCGGAAGAGGGCUGUUUUUGGGGUCAGUUGUUUGUUGGUGCCAGUUAG